AUGUGCAACCGCAACCCCUCCCAAAAGACUAUGAGUUCUCUUACUUCAAAAGGAAGUGGCCAUAAGAUCGUCAUUGGAAUUGAUUAUGGUACAACAUAUUCAGGCGUCAGCUAUGUGACCACAGAUAAAGCUGGCCUAGAGGAUAUUAACAUCAUGUCUCCAUGGCCUGGGGAUCCUCAUGUGUCCUGGAAGACUCCAACAAGAAUUGCGUAUAGCGAGGAAAAUUUAAAGACCAAAAACAACAAGUGGGGAUUUGAGGUUACCUCGAAGAUGAAGUCUUACUCGUGGACAAAACUUUUGCUUGAUAAGAAUGCUGCUGCGAUGGAGCAUGACGAUCCAUCCCUCGCCAGUUUGACAGGGAGUGGCAUGCUACAAUUACCUCCAUUUCGAGAUGCAGCUGGUGUUUGUGAAGACUAUUUGCACGAAGUAUACACACACGUAUCAAGCACAUUGCGGGAACAGAUGACCGAUCUGACCUUUGAAAAUACUCCGAUAGAAUGUUGGGUAACUUUACCCGCUGUGUGGUCAGAAGAGGCCAAAGAUGCUACCUUGAAAGCUGCAAAAAACGCUGGUUUUGGGAAUAGACCGGGAGACGAAAUCUACACCAUUGCCGAGCCUGAAGCUGCAGCAAUCGCAACCUUGAAGGAAUACGCUAAAUCAGAUGCAUUCAAUCCAAUUUCCUGCAAUGAGAACAUACUUAUAUGUGACUGUGGUGGGGGAACUGUUGACAUUACCACGUACACAAUUAUUCAGGUGCAGCCAUACCUCAUAUUCGACGAAUUAUGUGUUGGCAUUGGUGGAAAAUGUGGUUCAACAAACAUCGAUCGAAAUCUUCACCUUUUGCUCUCCAAACGCUUUGGGUCAGCAUUUGAUGAUCUGCCAUUUAGUCAAAAAGGUCCAGGUAGUCGAUUUAUGGCGGCCUUUGAAACAUUGAAGCGGGAUUUUGGACGUACCGAUGAGAGAGAGGUAGGAGAGCUGGGUCCUCUCAAUCUUGAUGUUAUGGAUUCUGAUCAUUACGACACGGAGGAUCGACUUGUUUUGCUCAGUUUCGAAGAUAUGGAGGACUUGUUUGAUCCCGUUAUUGCAGAAAUUACAAGUUUGGUAGGGAAGCAAGUGGCAGCAGCAAAGGAAUCUAAAAAUGCUAGAAUCAACCGCAUCAUACUGGUCGGAGGCUUUGGGGAAUCGCCACACCUCAAUAAACAGUUGAAAAAGUGGUGCAGACAAAAUGGCAAAAUAACUUUGAUGCGCCCUUUGCACCCACAAUCAGCGAUUGUGCGUGGCGCUGCCUUGCGUGGGUUAGAAGGAAUCGCGCCCCGGUUCAAGCAAACCCGUCGUCAUUAUGGUAUUUCUUUGAGCAUGCCUUUCCGAGAAGGUAUAGACCCAGAGGAGGAUUCUUACAUUGACCCAUGGGGAAAUUUGAAAAGAUGUAGUGGACGAAUGGAAUGGUUGAUUUUCAAGGCAAGUCACUCAACAAGCUCCAUAUAUAUUUUGAAACCCGGGGACCAAAUAACCAAGGAUACCUCUAGAGUUAUUGAUUGUCGGAUGGCAUAUAAACCUCACAUAAAUACAAUACUCAGAAGUACACUUUAUGCUUGUGUUUCAGCAGAGCCUCCCGAGUAUCUUUCUGACCCUGGAGUCGAGAAAGUUGGAGAGAUUCAGUCAACUCUAGACAGUAGCUUCAAUUUCGGUAAAAAUCUUCAUAUGCAAUUCAAUGCUCAACUCGGCUGUCGAGUGCAGGGGAUUUACUUUCAACAGCAGAUCAUAUUUGGCAAUAAGGGCGAUAAUCUCACGUUCAAAUGUCUUAUUGGCGGAAAGGAAAUAUGCAAGUCGACCAUGAGCUUCGAUCGUUUGAAUUGCAGGAAAUUCAAUUAGCAAGAUCUCGAUCAUCCAGAAACGUUGUAUUCUUAUUAUUGCGGCCAUUCGCUCUGCUUUCCUUUUAUUACUCUUCAAAAAUAAAUUACCUACUUAUCAUCGAAGCUUCUAUGCCAGUCCGCUUUAGAAUGACUGAUUUUCAAAACUGGGGCGGAUAAGUGGUACUACGUUGGAUUUCACCA